AUGUUGUUGCUGAAUGACAACAAAAUGCUAGAUCUUCCCAGCUCUUUUACCUUAGGUCGCUGGCUUUGGAACGAGCGACAGCAACUUGCUUGUCGCUAUGGCAAGUUCGACUUCUCAGCACUUUUACAGCUCGCUGCAUCUGCCAUUGGAUCAGGCUCAUGCACCCGGGUAUUGAAGGUUUCGGAGGGCCAAUAUAACAAAGUAUUUCAGCAUACCAUGGACGAUGGCCUCGAGAUUAUUGCAAAACUCCCGAACCCAAACGCAGGCAGACCACACUUUACGACAGCUAGUGAGGUUGCAACUAUGGAUUUUUUGAGGAACGUUCUGGAUCUCCCUGCUCCGAGAGUGUAUGCAUGGAGCUCCCGAGCAUCAGAGAGCCCUCUCGGCGCAGAGUAUAUCCUCAUGGAGAAGCAGGCCGGCAUGAUACUAACCGAUGUAUGGGACAGCAUCAAAGGAAAGCAGAAAGUACGCAUCUUGGACCAGGUGGUCGAUACUGAAAGGCGCUUAGCAGCUACGAAUUUCUCCACGUUCGGGUCGUUGUACUAUAAAGAUGAUCUUCCUGAGAAGUCAGAUUCCACUUCGCUUCUAUACAUUGACGCGGUUGGAAAUGAGGUGCAGAGCGAAGUGUUUCGUAUUGGGCCGACCAAUCAUCGUUCUUUCUUUGACUUCGGGAGAGGCGAGUUGGAUAUUGACCAUGGUCCAUGGUCAACAAUCACAGAGCUUGUGACAGCUGUUGCGCAGAGGGAAAUCGCGGUCGCAGAGGUCGGUCUUCGGUACCCCUUAAUGCCGGAGGCCCAGCCUUUCCAAAAAAAGCUCUCCGCGUUGGGAAACUACCUUAAAGUGGCACCUCAUGUUCUGCCCGAAAAUAAGGCCACCCAUGCGUCAGCUUUAUGGCAUGGCGAUCUUCAUUCACAGGAUAUAUUUGUCGAUCCGGAAGACCCAAGUCGCGUCGUUGGAAUCAUUGACUGGCAGUCUGCCAGUGCAUGUCCACUUUUUAUGCAGGCUGGGCGUCCAGCAUUCCUCGAUUACAAUGGCCCAGUUCCUGAAGAUUUGGGGAAGGCCCCUUUACCACCAAAUUUUGACGCCAUGGACCCAGACGAGCAGCGAAAAGCAAAAGCACUCCACAGAGGACAGACUCUUCACAAUUUAUAUCUAGUUCGGUGUCUUCAAGUUAACGAAACAAUCUUUCAAGCGAUACAGGACCAAAAUGCUCCGGCACCAGACUACGAGCCGCUCCUCCACAGCCUGUUAAGGGAUGUUGGGGAGGAAUGGGCACACAUUGUUGGCGUAGGGGGGGGUGGCAGCUCUCCCAGAAUGCCGUUCCCAUUACAAUUCUCGGACGAAGAAAUCCGGCAGCAGGACCAUGAUGCUGAGCUAUGGGCCCAAGGCGUUGAGCUCAUGAAUGCUUUCGUUGAGGAUACUGGCUGUUAUAAACAUUGGGGUGGUAGGGUUAGCAAUGUAGAUUAUGACAAGUCUAAGAGAGAGUUAGAUGAGGGGGCACGGAGGUUCUUGGAUCGUGAAGCUAGGAGUGAUGAAGAACGGAAGGAGUGGCUAAAAGCCCUACCCUUCGUGGAUUAAAGUGUGUGGCAAGGUCAGAAGUUAUCAGUGGUUCUAAUGUUCCCAGCAAUCUGGAUGCAGUUUCCUUGUAUUACUAUAGAAUAUAUAUACCAUUUGCUUCCGUAGAUCAUGGAUGUAGGAACCUCUCGUGCAUCGGUACUCGACGCAU